AUGUGGACCAAAGUUGCUCUCCUGAUUGCCACUAUCGGCAUUACCUCUGCUGCAAUCGCCAUCCAACGAGCAAAGUUAGGGGAACGUGUUGAGUUGAACCUUGGAUCAGGAGUGACAACGUGGAAGAGGCAGACAAAAAAUGGUGAUGAGUUCAUCAAGUAUUGUGGUCCCACGGAGAAGGGACCUCGAUGCGCGCAAUUCGUCAAAGAGGAUAACACGCCUGUCAAGCCGCAGUCCAAAGCACACGUAGAGAAGAAUGGUGCUUUGAUUAUUGAAUCAUUCCAACUAUCUGAUGUUGGCCUUUAUUCUUCGCCUGAACUCAAGCCAAAUGAACAAAAGCACGCAGAUGGCUCAAUCUCGUCAACCCCACCUCCACACAUUCAGCUGGUGUUGAAAGAGUGA